GGUAUCACUUCUCCUUCCUCCGCUGUCCGCUCCGGAGUCAUGUGAACGGCGGUGUCUCUCUCCGUAGACCGGACCGGACCCACCUCCGUCCGUCCGUCGCUCUCAUUCGUCAGCGCCCCCCCCCGGUGGUUCUCCACGCAGGGGUAGUGUCUCUGUCCCUCGCCCCCGAGCCCCGCGGUUUCUCUCCGGUCUCCUCUCGGCGUGCUUGCGGCGCAGCGGUGGAGGAUGAGCGAGCAAGGGAAGGGCUCGGCAUCCGCCUCUGCCGCGGCCCCGGCGGCUCCGGGAUCGGACACUUACAAAGGCUGGCUCUUUAAAUGGACCAACUAUCUGAAAGGGUACCAGCGGCGGUGGUUCGUCCUCAGCAACGGCCUGCUGUCAUAUUACAGGACCCAGGCAGAGAUGGCCCAUACGUGUCGCGGAACAAUAAACUUGGCCACAGCGCACAUCGACACAGAGGACGCCUGCAACAUUGUCCUGAGCAGUGGCGGCCGCACGUACCACCUGAAGGCGAGCACAGAAGUGGAGCGGCAGAGAUGGGUAACGGCGCUGGAGCUGGCUAAAGCUAAAGCCAUCCGCAUGAUGAACGAUCAGUCUGAUGACUCAGGAGACGAGGAGCCCACAUCCCAAUCAGACCGCAGCGAGAUUCAGGGAACACUGAAGAUACUCGUCAGCAAGCUCGAUGACCUCAGCACGUGUAAUGACCUGAUCGCCAAGCAUGGCGCAGCCCUGCAGCGUUCACUGAGUGAACUCGAGGGGCUGAAGGUCCCGGUGGAAGGAGGGGAGAAGAUCAAGGCAGUCAACGAGCGAGCCACACUCUUCCGAAUCACCUCCAAUGCUAUGAUCAAUGCAUGUCGAGACUUCUUGGACCUAGCGGAGACUCACAGUAGGAGAUGGCAACGGGCGCUGCAGUAUGAGCGAGAGCAGCGCACUCACCUAGAGGAGACCAUUGAGCAGUUGGCCAAGCAGCAUAACAGCCUGGAGCGAGCGUGGAGAGAAGCACCCACGCUUGUUUCCAGCAAGCCCAGUGCCCCGACCACCAACAAGGGAAGCGAGAGGCGGCUCAAAGAAGAGGCAAGUGAUGAAGAUGAGGAUACUGAGUACUUUGAUGCCAUGGAGGAUUCCCCUGCGUUUAUCACAGUGACUGCCACUGACAACACGCAGCACAGGCGAUCUCAGAGUAAUUUGAGCGGAGCGAGCGUAGGUCACCCCAGUGACUGGAACCAGGACGACCAUAUGUCUCCAGGCUGUAACGAUGUGUCAGGGAAGGAGCUGCAGCCCCGCAGACGGAGGCGGACUCACAUCCCAGACAAACCCAACUACUCCCUCAAUUUAUGGAGCAUUAUGAAGAACUGCAUUGGCAAGGAGCUGUCUAAAAUCCCCAUGCCUGUGAACUUCAAUGAGCCGCUGUCAAUGCUGCAGCGACUCACCGAGGACCUGGAGUAUCACGAGCUUCUGGAUAAGGCGGCGCGCUGCGACUCCUCUCUGGAGCAGAUGUGCCUGGUCGCUGCCUUCUCCGUCUCCUCCUACUCCACCACGGUCCAUCGGACUGCCAAGCCCUUCAACCCCCUCCUGGGCGAGACCUACGAGCUCGAUCGCCUGGAAGAGUUCGGCUACCGGUCGCUGUGUGAGCAGGUGAGCCAUCACCCCCCUGCUGCUGCACACCAUGUGAUUUCCAAACAAGGCUGGACCCUGUGGCAGGAAAUCACCAUUGCCAGCAAGUUCCGUGGAAAAUACCUCUCCAUUAUGCCUCUAGGUGCCAUUCACCUGCACUUCCACUCCAGUGGGAACCACUAUGUUUGGAGAAAGGUCACCUCCACAGUGCAUAACAUCAUCGUGGGCAAGCUGUGGAUUGACCAGUCGGGGGACAUUGAGAUUGUGAAUCACAGGACCAAGGAGACCUGCCAACUCAAGUUCUCUCCCUACAGUUAUUUCUCUAGGGACAUCCCACGCAAGGUGACAGGUGUAGUGGCAGACAGCGGGGGCCAGGCUCACUACAUCCUCUCUGGUACCUGGGAUGAUAAGAUGGAGAGUGCCAAGAUCAUUCAGAGCAGCAGAGGGGGCAGUGGAUCAGAGGGCAAGCAGAAGACCGUCUAUCAGACUUUGUCCCCCAAACUGCUGUGGAAGAAAUACCCUCUCCCGGAGAACGCAGAGAACAUGUACUACUUCUCUGCUCUGGCAUUGACCCUGAAUGAGCUGGAGGAAGGAGUGGGACUAACUGAUAGCCGCCUGAGACCCGACCAGAGGCUGAUGGAGGAAGGACGAUGGGAUGAAGCAAACUCAGAAAAACAGAGGCUAGAGGAGAAGCAAAGAGCUGUGAGGAGGAGGAGGGAAGCUGAGGCCUCAGAUGCACUGGAUGAUGGUAUAGAAUUUAAAACACAUGGUGUGAUGUCUGAUAAGCAAAGAGAUGCUGAGUAAAAAAGACAGAGAGGAGCA